GGCUGCGGGAGAUGAGAACCCGGGAGGAGAGAAGAGGGCAGCAGUGCGGAGAUCCAGACUUCUGUGACGCGCAUGGGGCAAGACGAGGCUCGGGGUGUGUGACAAGCGCUGUCACCAUGUGGCUCAGAGAAGGUUCCUGCUGUCUCAGGGCUCAUCUUCUAGUGGGGAGAGAUGGACAGCUCAACCAGGACACGGGUGGUGACAGAGCAGUCCGUACUCAGGGCCACGAAGAAAAAUAAGCAGGGGCAGGAGAUAGCAACAGCCGGGGGCCCUUAGGUGGUCUGGGAACACCUCUCCCAGAAGGAGACAUUCGAGCUGAGCGCUGGAUGAGGGAGAGGGCCCCCAGAGGGAAACCCAACCAGCCCGCGCUCCAGCAGCCCCGCCAGGGACCCACCAACGAGGCCCAGAUGGCAGCCGCGGCAGCCCUGGCCCGGCUCGAACAGAAGCAGCCCAGGGCCCGGGGCCCCACGUCGCAGGAGUCCAUCCGGAACCAGGUGAGAAAGGAACUUCAGGCCGAAGCCACUGUCAGCGGGAGCCCAGAGGCCCCGGGGACCAACAAGGUGCCUGAGCCCAGAGAGGAGGGCUCGACCCAGCUGGCAGUGCCCGCCGUGUGCUUCACCUGCCCGCUCACGGGGGCCACGCUCAGGAAGGACCAGCGGGAUGCGCACAUCAAAGAGGCCAUUCUCUCGCACUUCUCCACCGACCCCGUGGCUGCCUCCAUCAUGAAGAUCCACACGUUCAACAGAGACCGGGACAGGGUGAAGCUGGGUGUGGACACCAUCGCCAAGUACCUGGACAACAUCUGCCUGCACCCCGAGGAAGAGAAGUACAGGAAGAUCAAGCUGCAGAACCGCGUGUUUCAGGAGCGAAUUAACUGCCUGGAAGGGACCCACGAGUUUUUUGAGGCCGUCGGCUUCCAGAAGGCCCUGCUUCCGGUGCCCGAUCAGGAGGGCCCCGAGGAGUUCUACGUGCUGAGCGAGGCCGCCCUGGCCCAGCCCCAGAGCCUGCGGAAGCACAAGGAGCAGCUGCUGGUCGCCGAGCCCGUGCGGGCCACGCUGGCCCGCCAGCGCCGCGUCUUCCAGCCCUCGCCCCUGGCCUCCCAGUUUGACCUGCCCGGGGACUUCUUCAACCUCACGGCGGAGGAGGUCAAGCGGGAACAGAGGCUCAGGUCCGAGGCCGUGGAGCGGCUGAGUGUGCUGCGGACCAAGGCCAUGCGGGAGAGGGAGGAGCAGAGAGAGCGGCGCAGAUACACGUACACGCUGCUGCGCGUCCGCUUCCCCGACGGCUGCCUGCUCCAGGGCACCUUCUACGCCCGGGAGCGGGUGGCCGCGCUGUAUGCCUUCGUCCGGGAGGCCUUGCAGAGCGACUGGCUGCCUUUCGAGCUGCUGGCCUCUGGCGGGCAGAGGUUGUCGGAGGAGGAGAGCCCGGCCUUCGACGAGUGCGGGCUGGUGCCCUCCGCCCUCCUGACCUUCUCGUGGGACGCAGCCCUGCUGGAGGACCUCAGGGCCGCAGGGGCGGAACCGGACUCUUCUAUCCUGAAACCUGAGCUCCUGUCGACCAUCGAGAAGCUCUCGUGAAAUAAAAGCAGGGUUGGCUUUACCCCGCGUGGGUCUGUCUCAUGCUCUCCUGCGGCCUCCACCGCUCCGCUCCCCCCCCCCCCACCCUUUCUCCCACCACCCAGGGUACCCCGCUUCUCCGGAACUGCUCGCCCUGGUCCACAGAGCCCUGCAGGCACGGGGUGCAGUGCUGGUCGGCUGCGACGGGGGCCUGGGACCGCCACUGGAGAGGGCUCUCAGGAGGCAGCUGCCAGGCUGUCCUCCUUCCUUCCGCACCGGGUGUCAGCCGGCUAAGGCCACUGUCACCUGAUCGCAGAACUCCCGGCAGGAGAGUAGGCCUGUGGCACGUGCCCUGUGCCCACUUGCUGUGGUCCAGGUUGCUGCCGCUGGCCCUGACGUUGAGCCGCGGGGUGGCUGGGGAGGGCGACGCGGAGUCUGUCAGGACUCGGUCCUGUGAUUACUGAAUUACGAACCCAAAUAAACGGGACGUGUGUCUAGUC